UUCAAGCUUCGAAGAGGUACAGUACAGUGAUCGGAACGAUUCUGCGGCCUCUGGGGUUAGGGUUUUGGAAGAUGGAAGUGAAGAAGAUCAUCAAAGACAAGAAGUUCUGGGUCGCUUCUUUCCUCGUUGCUUGGGCUGCUGCUCUUCAGGGUCACAUGAUGUGGUUACAGAGGCAAGACGCCUUCAAGCAAAAGUUUGGAGACUUAGGCCAAGACCAUGAUCCAGAAAACUGAGUGAGUCUUGUUUCUUGGUUUUUGUAAGAUGAACAAUUGUUUCAUUACAAUGAUUUUAUUUGUUCAAUAAUUAAUUGAUUGUAUUCCUACUUGACAAUUGAAGCCUGUGAAGAAUACUAGUGAAACUGAAACUGAAUGAAAUAUGCACAUAUAAAGAUAUACAUUUCUUGAUUCUCAAAUUUUGCUUCAUUGGCGUGCUUUGGUUUAUACUAGACCACUGUGAUCUCUUAGUCUUUCAGUUUAAUUUUUCAAAUGAAAAUGAAUCAAGAUAUGGGAUGGAGGAUAGAGUGUUGUGGAAUGGUUCUAAGAAUGGGAUUUUCUCUGUAAAAUCCUUUACAAUACUCUUGAUUCUAGUGGUGCAGUCCCGUUUCCUUGGAGAAUCAUUUGGAGCCCUUGUGUGCCUACAAAGGUGGGUUUUUUUGCUUGGGAAGCUUAUUGGGGGAAGGUUCUAACCCAAGAUCAACUCAAAAGGAGGGGCUGGAUUUUAGCAAACAGGUGCUUCUUGUGUUGUGAUGAAGAGGAGACAAUAAACCACAUCCUUAUUCAUUGCCCCAAGGCGAGGGUAUUGUGGAAUCUUGUGUUUUCGUUGUUUGGUGUUAAUUGGGUCCUUCCGCUUACGGUUAGAGACACUCUCCUUGGUUGGUCCGCUUCCUUUGUGGACAAGAAGCGUGGAAAGACUUGGCGGGCAGCUCCUCUCUGUUUAUUUUGGACUGUUUGAAAAGAAAGAAAUAGGAUAGUUUUUUAUAACGAGGCUUUGUCAAUCCAAAGAUUGAAAAACUCCUUCAUUUGUAAUCUUUUCUCUUAGUCUAAGUCUUGUUUAGAUGGAGAACCCCGUUCCUUAAUUAACUUUGUUGAUUGGUUGGGUUCUAA